CCUCGAGUGUGUCCCGUCGCUUGGUUACAAUUAAUCUACUCGUAACCGAAAUUGCAAAGACGUUCUUUAAUCUAAGCGUUUUGUUGGUUCCGCACCUCAGCCGCUCCGGAAAUGUUCGCAUCCAGCCAGUGCAGGUACACAUAUGAAGAGUGCAAAGAGACAGUAGACUGGCUUUUGGCUCAAACAAAUGUCCGGCCCAAAGUAGCAAUUAUCUGUGGAUCGGGUCUUGAAGGCCUGUCAGACCUGCUGAACAACAGGGCUGCGUUUCCGUAUAACAACAUACCGCAUUUUCCCCACAGUACAGUACCAGACCAUGAAGAUCAGCUGGUGUUUGGGGAGCUAAAAGGAAAGCAGUGUGUUUGCAUGAAAGACAGUUUUCAUUUCUUUGAAGGUUGUGACACUGCCAUGGUCACAUACCCAGUACGUGUCUUUUUCCUUCUUGGGGUCGAGACUUUAAUUGUUACAAAUGCUGCAAGAGGAUUAAACUCCAAUUUUAAUGUAGGAGACAUUAUGAUGAUCAAGGACCACAUCAAUAUUCCCGGCUUUGCUGGCCAGAAUCCCCUGUGUGGCCCAAAUGAUGAGAGGUUUGGUGUACGCUUUCCCUGCAUGUCGGAUGCAUAUGAUAAAGACUUAGCCCACAUGGCCAGGCAAAUAGCUGAGGAGCAAGGCAUUGCUAAUUUUCUCCAGCAUGGAGUCUACUGUAUGGUGCCUGGACCAACCUAUGAGACAAUGGCUGAGUGUAAAAUGCUUCAGUUAGUGGGGGCAGAUGCUGUAGGAAAGAGCAUGGUACCUGAAGUGGUAGUGGCACGUCACUGUGGCAUUCGUGUCUUUGGCCUCUCCCUUAUCACCAACAAUGUGGUGUCUGCCUACAGUAGUAAGGACCAUGCCAACCAUGAAGAGGUUUCUGGGACCACAGACAUGCCUACUCAAGACCUGCAGCGUUUAGUCAUUCAUCUUGUGGAAAAAAUAUAAAGUUAUGCUAUUUGGUAUUUAGGCAUACCAAAAAACACUGUCUAUGUUUGCAUUGUCCAAAAUUUUGCAUUUAAAAUUAAUGCAACAUAAAAUUAAUUAAUGCACCUAUAACAGAUUAAGAGACUUUAUCAUUAGUAGUAGAGAGUUUUUUAUAAUACUUUAUAAUAUUUAUGUGUUUUAUUUAGACAAAUGCACUAGCAAUCUGACACUUUAUGAUAUGAUCCCAGCAAAAUCAACAUUAUGUCGAAUUGUAUAUGUUUAAAAAUUAUCUGCUAUUUCUUACAUGAUUCACAUACUUUGAAUGACUCUUCACUGUGAGACCUGCACUCACUUAAAUUACCUGUCUAUCUGUAGUCAGUACUUUAGAAUAAUAUCACAAGCCAGGGUUCCCUGGAGACCAGGGACUGUGGGAGUUAUUUUAGCUGUGAUUGUUUUGCUGUGCAAACAGUGUGUGCCUGUACAUGUGCUUGUGUAUAACAACAAAUGGCAUAUUCCGCUUUACAGUACUUGAUGGUAGUCUCACCUCCUCACACAAAUCGGGUCAGUCUUAAGUAGGCAUUUCUAAAGAUGCUAAUAGACCUGCAGUAAGCUGCCUGGUACUGUAUUAGUAAAGUGCCCAUGGCCAAUAGCUAUAGUCAUGUUCAUAAGUUAAUACCCCAUCUUUUAAUUCUAUGUGGGUUUUUUUUUUUUUGUAAAAACAUAGGAAAAACCAUCUAAACAGGUCUUAGGCAAAUACAACCUCAGAUGAACCACAGAUAACUAUUUCAUCAUGCCAUUAUUUAUUUACCAGAAAUUACGCUAAAAAAAAAAAACAUAUGGGCUAUACUAAGUACCCCAUGAUUCAGGAUCUUGUAGAUCUACCUUUUGCAGCAUUAACUUAAACUAAUCAAUUCCUGUAUGACUUCAUCAGUCUUUUACAUCAUUGUGGAGAACUAUUGGCCAUUACCUUAGUUCAUUGUGGUUUUGGGGAAUCUGCAUAUGCACAUCAUAAUGACCUUAUAGACAUACGGUCCCACCACAGCAUUUCAGUUGGAAAGAGGUCUGGACUUUGACUAGGCCAGUUUUACUUUACAGUGAUUCUGAUGUAGAUUUACUGGAGUGCUUUGGAUGAUUGUCCUGCUGCAUGCCACAAUUUAGACAGAUAAUUCAGCUGUUGGACAGAUGGUCUAUUGCGAUGUGCAGACCGAAGCGAAUGGGAGACAAUCUGAUAAUUUUUUUUAAAUAUAACACUCGGCAGACUCUCAUAGUCAAUAAAAAGGAAAUAAGAUUAGUUAAAUCAAAUAUUUAUUAAUAAUAAAACAAAUAUAUAUUUUAAAUUCUUUCUGUGCAGCCCGGUACCGAAUCAUCCACGGCUUGGUACCGGUCCGCAGCCCUGUGGUUGGGGACAACUGCUCUAAACCAGCAAACUGCCAAAACUUUGGUUCUAUGAUGAUCAAUUGAUUAAGGGCUGAUAAUUAGCAACACAUGGCAGCAACGUACUCUCUUAAAUCAUGUGAAAGCAGUAAGGAAGCAUUCAUUAUUGCCCACAUGUUUUUAUUUUUGUUUGUCCAGUGAAAAAAAAACGUUAUAUGCUGUUAUUCAUCUUAGAUUGUAUUUGCCUAAUACUAAGAACCCCCAAUAAUCAGAUAAGUUAUAUGUUUUUACACAAAAACACAAAGAAUUAAAAGAGAAGGUAACUUUUGAACAUGACCAUAUAUAUUCAAUACAAGCGCUCUACCUCGUAAUUCUGAAGCCUUAGAACAAAUGGACAAGUAUGAGGUCCUUAUUUUUUAUUGUUUUAUCCAAACAAACUUAUUAAGACAGUCCGCUAACUCUGAUUUGUGGGUGUCCAAUUACUUUUAAUGAAACAUUAUAUGAAUGAAUUAAGCAGAAAGUAUUGAAAAUAAAAGUGACCAUAAAUAAUAUUUUACCAUAUGCUACCAAGAGUGGUUAGCACUGUCGCCUUGUACCUCUAGGGUCCGGGUUCAAUUCCUGGCCAGGUUCCAUUCUCAUCUCUGUGUGCGUGGAGUUUGCAUGUUCUCCUCGUGCUUGGUGGGUUUCCUCCUGGUACUCCGGUUUCCUCCCACAGUCCAAAGACAUGCAGAUUAGUCUAAUUGACAUUCCCAAAUUACCUGUAGUGUGUGAAUGAGGGUGUGAGUGUCUGUCUGUGUGUGUGCCCUGCGAUGGUUUGGUACCCUGUCCAGUACCUGCAUUGUGCCCUAAAUUUCUUGGGAUAGGCUCCAGGCCCCCUAAAUGCAGGAUAAAGCGGUAUAGACAAUGAGUGAGUAAGUGUUAUUCUACUAAGCAAAAAAUAAUAAAUAAAAGAUUUCUGAAUGUCAAAUCAC